CCAGGAUGCUCUGCGCUGCUGUCAUGGCUGCUCCCGUGUACCUGUAUCCUCACAGGGGACGCUAGUCCUGUGGGUGUCUUGACGGUACCCGUGGCCACCAGACGCCGGCGACCUUUGGUCCCUGCUCCUUUCGCUUCCUCCUCCCCCGAGGGGCCCUCGCGGGACCCCGAAUUGGGUCCAGUGAUGCCGGGGGUGACGUGGACUCCGGAGCGGGCACUUCUGAGGGGCUUCUCCACGAAGGCGGAGCGGCUGUUGUGCAAGCAGGAGGGGCGCUGUGGCUCAGAUAUUGGAGUUUUCUUAGACUUGCUGUUGGAAGGGAGCUAUGAAGCCAUGUUCUUACAUUCAUUGACACGAAAUAUAUUCAACUUCACAAUGAUGGCUGGAGAAAAGAUUGACAGCUACCUGGAGAAGCAGAUAGUAAAUUUCCUGGAUUGCUCUACGGAUUUGGAGGAAAUUGAAAGGUAG